AACAGCACAGGUAAGAUUUGGCGCCACCCACCCAGUGACCCAGUAGUAGUGUCCCACCAUCUGAUGUCGGGAAUGAAGGAAUGACGGGGGUUGAAAGCGGUAGAAGGGGGGGGUUGAUGGGGUGCAAGAGAGGGGCGCCCACUUGGCAGCGGCUCUGCCCAGCGAUUCAGCGAAAACGGGAAAAGCCACCGGUUUCAUCAGUCCAGGAACAAAUCAGGGGACAUCGCAUGCCAGAGCAGCUAUUCUGUUCGUCCAGGGCACGUCGACGGUGGUUGGCUGGUACCUGAGCAGAAGGCGAGAAAGUGCACCAAACGUGGAGCCAGCUAACUUGCUUUGCUGGGGGCAGAUUCCUCCGAUUUCUUACCCAAAUCCUGUCAUGUCAUGGCCCUAGCGGCACGGCAAGGCAAGGGGCCAGGAGAGAAUGGAGACUGGCGCAUUGUCCUAGGCCGCACUAACGACAGACGGGGCUAGCUAGGGAGGCAUGGCAGGCAUGAUGCUAAUAAGAAGUUCGGCCCCCUUGCUGGGCGGCCUUGGACAAAGGGAGGGGCGGAAUCCCCUACAUACCAUACUGCAGUUUUUUUAGAAUUUUUAAUUUUUCUGGCUCUCUUUCUUUUUGGCUCCGGGGGCAAAAAACAGUCAAAGAAAGAAAGAAAGACAAAUAAAUACCCAUCCCCUCAUUCGCGCAGGCCUAUGAGAAGGCAAAUUAGGAUCGAUCGGGGAUGUUCAUGCUUGCGUGGUGUGUGACAAUUCAACAUCACACACAAGCUCACAGCAGGGACCGCUGGAACACAUUACUCCUCCUCCGUCCUGCUAAAUAAUCUAUUCUUAUGGAGCCAAGAUCCGUAAACGGCUCAGGCAGCAGAGCGGAUCGUAGGUGAUGGAUAGAGAAUAUUCUCGAGCCAAGAUGUGCCACAUGGAAUGCUAAGUACAGCGUACACCGUAUCGUGCCAGGCGAACUCGGGUUGGGCCCUUGAUUCUGGGGGGAACUCACUCAGGAGCAAUCAGGAGUCACUAACUAAUAAGGAGUGGGAACAAGGAGGGAGGAAGUUUUAGCUGCGGAUUAGCAAAUGUUAGAAGUUAUAUAAAGUCCCCGCUGGAUAAUUUGGAUGGUGUUUCAAACCCCCUCCCUGCGAAGUGCUGACAGCAGGCAGUUUUUGUAUGAUGUAGGUGAGCCUGCCCUAUCAUCAUCAGAAUAAAAAUAAUAAAUCUGAACCAAGAUCCUCCUCCAUCUGUCUGUCUGGAUAGCCUGGAUAGGACAAUAUGCCCAGCUGCACUAGGUGUGUUAGCGCUCAGGAUCUGAAAUUUCCCAUGCGAAUCAAGCGGGUUUUAGUUGCAAGGGGAAAUUGAUCAUCGACUGAAGUCUUCUUGCGCUUUCUUCCCGUCUCAUCUCAUCCUCAAGUCUCUCCAUCUCUCUCCGUCUCUCUCUCUCUCUCUCUCUCUCUCACCACCUCUACUGCUUUCUUCCUCUGCAUCCCUCUGCCCGUCCCUUCGAGGCUGCAUCUCCCUUUUUCAAAAGGAAGACAGUCAGCUGGCUGAAGCUAUUCAUUCCUUUUGCCUUCGUGCACUUACCGCCUCAAAGAGGACUCGCCCUUUUGCUUCUUGUUCUUGUUCUUCUUCUUGUCGUUCGUUUCAGCCGUCCAUAUUUCCCAAUUCUCCAUCCUACCCUCCCUUCAAGACAUCACUAUACAACCGUUGACCUGAGAGAGGCGGACUGUAUAGACAAAGCAACAAAAUAGACAAUAAAAAAGGAAUUGGCAUCGCCACUGGGAUAUACUCACUGGGAAAGGAAAGAAAAAGGAGCAGUUGUUUCUUGUUCUGAACGAAACGAAACAACCUCAUCCGCUGUUUAUUCACUGCGCACCGUGUUCUUUUAGGGGGGUCUUAUUAAUGUUUUAAAACAUCCCAAUCCACUUCCCAGCUGGAUGACUCGAUAAACGUCACUCCGUUGAUUCAUCAAUCAUCCCAUCAACACACUCCUUUUUUUCUUGUCGCGUCUGUCACUCUUUACACUGUUUCGCCCCGAGGGAAAUUGAGAUUGCAGGCUUUCCAAUCGUUCCUCCACUUUCAUUAUAUACGACGAACCUAGACUUCAUCCAGAAAAGCAACCUAUUAUCGAUAUUCCCGAGUCCGGACUCGAUACACACCGCCAUAUCAUAGGCAAACCAUAUACAUAUCUAUACCAAACAUGCAUUUGGGCAUCGUUUUCACCGCAGUUGUUGCGGCGACCAUCUCCCCGGCGUUGGCGUUCUGGCGUCUGCCAUGUCGGGGCCGUCUGGGCGUGGCUCGUCUUGAUCCACUGGUCAAUCCGGGUGCCAUCUCGUCUCACGCACACGUUAUUCACGGUGCCAGCAACUUCGGCAUGAGCGUCACUGUGGAUUCACUGUUAGCGUCUGACUGCACUUCCUGCGCAGUCAAGGAGGAUAAAUCCAUCUAUUGGACUCCCGCAACCUACUUCAAAUACCCCAAUGGCGAUACUGAAUUGGUGGACCAAGUCGGUGGUAUGCUUGUCUACUAUCUGCUGCGCGGAGAUAACGUGAAGGCCUUCCCAAAGGGCUUCCGUAUGCUUGCCGGUGACCCAUACCAGCGUAACUUCACCUGGCCAGUUCCAGACCCUCCCAAGUCCUCUUGGUCGGGGGCUCAAAGCUCCCAAUUUGCCCUCUCCCAAAAGGCAAUCGGUUUCAACUGCCUGAACUACGCGGGGGGCAAGAAUGAACCCACCCUCUUCCGCCACACCCUGCCAGACAAGAGCUACAUCGACGCCCACUGCCCUGAUGGCGUCCGCAUGGAGAUGAUGUUCCCAUCCUGCUGGAACGGCAAGGACCUCGACAGCCCGGACCACAAAUCCCACAUGGCAUAUCCCAGCCUUGUCGAGGACGGUGUGUGCCCCCAAGGCUUCGAAACCCGCCUCGUAUCCCUCCUUUACGAGACCAUCUGGAACACCGCCAAGUACAGGGGCGUCGAGGGUGAAUUCGUCCUCUCCAACGGCGACCCCCAGGGAAGUGGCUACCACGCCGACUUCAUGGAAGCCUGGGAGCCCGGCUUCCUCGAAAAAGCAGUGAAGACCUGCAGAAACCCCUCUGGCCGCGUCGAAGACUGCCCCGUCUUCACCCUUAUUUCCCAAGGAGAACAAAACAAAUGCAAGUUCAAGAUGCCCUCCAUCCUCGCCAACGAAGACUGCCAGUUCACCAAGGGCGGGCUUCCCGGCGCCGUCGAGAUCCUCCCCGGCCCCGCCUACGCCAAAUUACCCAAGAUCAAGGUCCCCGAAAUCAAGGCCCCGAAAAUCAAGCUCCCCGAGCUGAACGCCCCAGUGAAAGAUGCCGCCGGCCCGCUGCCAGCGGCAUCCACACCACCCACGCGAACACCACCACCAGGAAAAUGCCCCAGUCUAACAAUUGGAGUGCUGCUGUCCUUAAACAUCCGGAGUCAUAUUCAUCCGCCUACUCCCCCUACCCGUCCCCCACCCCCACCCCCACCCCCACCUGCCCCCAAACCCUCCACAACCCCGGCCCCAGCCCCCGGCCAAUUCUUCGCGCCCAAAGAGGACUACAACGGAAACGCCACCCCGAUCUCCACGAGCACGUACACUGAGGGCAACGUCGUGUAUGAGGUUGUCAUCAUGGAGGAGAAGGUGACGACGACCAUUGAGCUGCCGGCGGGUGCGACCCCGCCUGCUGGAGCCAAGGCUGUGCGGAGGGCUCAUAAGCGUCAUGGACACGGGCAUUUCCAUUAAAAAGAGCUGGAGGGAUGGAAGCUUGUGAAGCUUGUUUUUGUGUGUUUUUUUUGUAUCUUUUUAUUUUCUCAUACUUUAUGGUGUGUGUGUGUGUGUGUGUGUGUGGAUGUGGUGGUGUCUAGCUAGCUGGGCGUGUGAUGCCCUGGUUAGAUUCGGGGAAGCAGGGGAAAGAGAUGGGAGUGGGUAGUGAGAUGCCUGUAGUUUUUAGGGAAGAGGAGAAGGAUAUUUUUUUUAUAUUUUUUCACAUAUUUUUCACCAUCUAUUUUAUCUCAAUAAGUUAGCUAGCCUCUGUGGAAUGUUAAAUAGGGUUGUAUUGUUUCCCCCCCUUUAUUUUGCCGUUUAGUUUUCACCCAUAGUAUCAUGCAUGCUCCACCUAUUUCUCCGAGAUCUCGUGCGGCUAUUGAAGAAUCUAUACGAAAAGUGAAAAGGGGUAAUAAUAACUUUCUUUCUUUUUUUGUUUUUUUCUUUUCAGUUGGAUCUUCCUAUCCGUCUAUUCACCCGUUGUACACCUUGGAAAGGUCACCCAGCACGCCUAAACGUCACCUGAAUUGAAUAAAAACAGGCAAAC